GGGUGCGCUUUUUCUCCGAUUAUUAUUAUUAUUCAUAUUCAACGGCGCAUCCAUCCAUCCCAUUGUUUCUCCACACACACAGUACAUAUUCUAGAACAUCAAUGGCGGAUUCCUUCAUAAAUUCACUUGUUUCUUUAACCAAAAUGCACACGAAUAUUAUUCUUCUACUCACAUAAACUGCGUGAAAACAGAGCAAUACACUUUUCGCACAAUUAUGGAAUCAGAUUACGGACUUCCGAGAGAACUUUCACAUCUUCAACAUGCUCGAUCGCUUUACAAACCUCACCUUCCUCCUUGCCUUGAGGGAACUGCUGUGCGAGUAGAGUUCGGUGAUGUGACUACUACUGAUGAUGUAUCUGGUGCUAGUGCUAUUAGUCAGUCAUUUCCUCACACUUAUGGUCAACCUUUGGUUCACUUUCUUAGAGCUACGUCGAAUGUACCUGAUGCGCAGAUUAUUAUUAAGCAUCCUGCAAUCAGGGUUGGAGUGGUUUUCUGUGGUAGACAAUCUCCUGGAGGACACAAUGUUGUUUGGGGUCUACAUGAAGCUCUCAAAAUUCAUAACUAUAAAAGUACUUUGAUUGGAUUUCUCGGUGGUUCUGAAGGCUUAUUUGCUCAAAGAACACUUGAGAUCACAGAUGAUGUACUUGCAACCUACAGAAACCAAGGUGGCUAUGAUCUGUUGGGACGAACGAAAGAUCAAAUAAGAACGCAAGAACAAGUAGAUGCUGCAAUGGCUGCUUGUAAGGCUUUGAAGUUGGAUGGCCUUGUCAUUGUUGGCGGGGUAACGUCAAACACAGAUGCUGCUCACCUUGCCGAGACUUUUUCCCAAGCGAAAUGCUCCACAAAGGUGGUAGGAGUACCUGUUACAUUGAAUGGAGAUCUCAAGAACCAGUUUGUUGAAGCUAAUGUUGGUUUUGAUACUGUUUGUAAGGUUGACUCUCAGCUCAUCAGCAACCUUUGCAUAGACGCUAUUUCCGCUGAGAAGUAUUAUUAUUUUGUUCGGCUGAUGGGUCAGAAGUCCUCUCAUCUUGCACUGGAAUGCACUCUGCAGUCACAUCCCAACAUGGUUAUUCUUGGUGAAGAAGUUGUUGCUUCAAAGCUAACCAUCUUUGACAUAACAAAACAAAUUUGCGAUGCCGUGCAAGCCAGGGCAGAAAAAGAAAAGUACCAUGGUGUCAUCCUACUUCCUGAAGGACUUAUAGAAAGCAUUCCUGAAGUCAAUGCACUGUUGCAGGAAAUCCACAGAUUUCUUCGACAAGGUGUAUCCAAUGAUAAAAUUCCAUCACAACUGUCACCUUGGGCAUCAGCCUUAUUUCAAUUUUUGCCACCCUUUAUCAGAGAAGAGCUUCUCCUUUAUCCUGCAUCAGAUGACUCAGCUCAAUUGUCUCAGAUUGAAACCGAAAAGCUUCUUGCUGUACUUGUAGAAGCAGAAAUGAGCAAGCGAUUGAAAGAAGGGACAUACAAAGGGAAGAAAUUUACCGCCAUCUGUCACUUUUUGGGCUAUCAAGCUAGGGGUUCUCUACCUUCAAAGUUCGAUUGCGACUAUGCCUAUGUUCUUGGACAUAUUUGUUACCAUAUUUUGGCGGCUGGUCUGAAUGGUUAUAUGGCCACUGUGACUAAUUUGAAGGAUUCUUUAAACAAGUGGCGAUGUGGUGCUGCUCCGAUAACUGCUAUGAUGGCUGUAAAGGAAUAUGGCCGUGCUUCUGGUUCCAUGACUAUAGGAAAACCGGUUGUUCAUCCUGCUACUGUUGAUUUAAGAGGCAGAGUAUACGAGGUGCUUAGAAAAAAUGCAAAAAAAUUCUUGAUGGAAGAUGUCUACAGAAACCCCGGGCCUCUUCAGUUUGAUGGCCCAGGUGCUGAUUCUAGGACCAUUAGCCUUCAUAGUCAGGACCUAGAUUAUAUGGGCCGUAUAAAAGAACUAAAUGGAUAUAUCGACAAGGUACGAAGCAUUGUGAAGCCAGGUUGUUCUCAGGACAUUCUGAAAGCCGCAUUAAGUGCCAUGUCAUCAGUGGCGGAUGUUCUUUCUGUCAUGGCGUCUCCUUCAAAUGGCACCAUCUAAAAAAUGUAACUGUAACUUGAGUUUAUAUCUCAAAAUUUGUAUGAUGAGCAUCCCAAUCUUUGAUCAUUUGAAUAAUUAGAAAUAAGUGCAUUUUAGGUUGAAAAAUGCCUGCUAUUUUGUAUAUCUUUUGCUGGGGUUGUGCAAAGGUGUAUAGUGGAAUAAUGUGUUUGUUUUGAUGGAACUUGAAUCUGGUUAGGUAUUGGAUGAAUGAUUCCGGAGAUUGAUUCUAGAGUAUUUGUUUUAUGGUGAA